UUUCUCUCUUUCUCUCUCCCCAACCACACUAUAUAACUCACCCUUUGUUUCCCUCUCAUUAACACACUCACACACUUAUUAUUCCCUUUCUCUUUCAUAGUCUCACAAAGAAACACAAAAGGUGGCCAAAAUGAGCAGUGUCUGCGCAGAACAGCACAAGUUUCACCCUUCUCACCAACUCCUCUCUCCCAAGAAAUCCCUCAGAGAGAUUGACAUCCCUCCAAGGAAGCUCCUCACUCGCCGCGCCGCCGCUGCAUGCAGCGCUGCUGACGUCUACUCCGACGAGACCAUGCUGCAGAAGUUCCUCCCUUCCAACACCCUUGACGACUCCGACGAGGAUGAUCCUUACUCAUCCGACCACUUUCGGAUGUUCGAGUUCAAGGUCCGCCGCUGCACCCGCAGCCGGAGUCACGACUGGACCGACUGCCCUUUCGCCCAUCCGGGCGAAAAGGCACGCCGCCGUGACCCGCGGCGGUACCACUACUCAGGCACGGUCUGUCCUGAGUAUCGCCGUGGCGGGUGCAGCCGUGGCGAUGCAUGCGAAUACGCCCAUGGCGUAUUCGAAUGCUGGCUGCACCCUGCCAGGUACAGGACAGAGGCAUGCAAGGAUGGGAAGAAUUGCAAGAGGAAGGUCUGUUUCUUCGCACACACUCCUCGCCAGCUCAGGAUUUUGCCUGUGAAUUCUUCUAAUGACAUGACAUGCAAGAAGAACGUUAACAAGCUCUUGAACCAUGGUUCGAGACCAAGCAACAACUGUUGUUUGUUUUGUCAUGGUGGUGGUGGUGGUGGUGGCGGUGGUUCUUCCUCCACCGCUUCACCUACUUCCACACUUUUCAGCGUGUCUCAUUUCUCGCCGCCGCUGUCACCUUCCUCGUCCACCUCGCCGCCUCAAUCUCCGUUGAAACCCUUAAGCGGGGUUUCUCUUUCUCCGAUUUCCCGUUACGGUGCUGUGAAUGUGAACCACCAUCAUGGGGUGGUGAGUUACAAGGACAUGUUCGCUGAGUUGGUGAAUUCUUUGGAGGGUUUGAGUUUCAACGAGGGUUCACCUGUUUCCGGUGCUAAAGCACCGAACUUGCCUUGGCUUGAUGUUUCUUUCAACUAUGAGGAACAGCAGCAGCAAAAACAACAACAACAACAACCACCGUUCAUUGUUUCUUCUUUUGGCUGCGAUGAUCAGCAGUUUAUUUUUUCACCACCGGCAAAGGGGAAGUUAUGUUGCAACAAAAUCAUGGGCAACGAGAACAAGGUAGUCGGUGGUGACGUGAAUGGCCCAGAUCUCGCGUGGGUGAAUGAGUUGCUGAUGUAGAGGGUGAAGAUCGAUGGGGAAGAAAAUCAAAUAAUGGUGAAGAAUGAAAAUGGUAGUGACUAUAGUGAAUGAAGGAAUGAUUCACAAGUGUAAAUACGCGGAGAAACAUAAAAACGUCUCUGGCGUGGUCUAUUGCUAUUGUUAAUUAUUGUUUCAGUUCAUUAUUGCUUUCUGAAUUUGUUGUUAAGUUUGUGACAAUUUAUUUAUGUAAUGUGGACUUUGUCUUGUUUUUAAUGUAUGUGGGAAUAUCUUGACUCA